GUAUUGAGUUUCGAGAUGUUCCCUAACUUUGCCUUCCCGGUUACUGCUGGGAUGCCGGAGGACUGAGAAGAGGAGCUGCUGCAGUAACAACAUCUCAGAUGCAGAGAGAUCGUUUAAAUGAAAUUAUAAGACUAGACAAAAUAAAAACACGAUCUCUGCAUACAACAAACAAAAUGUAAUACAGGAAACUAUUCAGGCCAUCUGUGCAAACCCUAGUAAAAGCCCCUCGAAAACAGCGUUUGAAAAGCUGGAACAGUAGAGGCGAUGCAGCAGCUCUGAGAACGAAAUGGGAGGGGGGACUCAUUUAAUUUACUGUACGUUACACUAAUGAUGAGAAUAGAUAGAAAAACGCAAUAAGACGAAGACGACACGGAAAUAUUACUGUAUACAGAUAUCAGUUUCGUGGCGUACUUGCACAUUAUUCAAAUGUGGUCUGUUUCAUAACUGAUUUAAAAUUUAAAGCGCAGGGUUAGCCCUGCUGCAACCGUGGCCGAGUCUCACCCAGGCUGGACAAGUGAAGGGUAGGAUCAGACAGUGAGUUAUUUUUCGAAAUGCAACGGAUUAUUUAUUUUUUCUCUUAAAUGCAGUAAAUAAUUGUACAGCUCUCUCACGAAUGUUCGUAAUGGCAGCAAUGUGAAGUGAUGUGAGCUCUACAUGGAUUUUAUAAUAUUAAUAUAUAUAUAUAUAUGUAUAUUUUUCCCCUUUUUUCUUUUUUAAACGAAACGAGAUUUCUUGGUUUUAACAACGAAGAAUAAUCUAUCAAUUUCUCUGGCGGGUUGGAUGAAAACUCGUGCUGUGUGGAUGACACAUGGUUUGGAAUGACACAAAUAUGUUUUACUUGAAGACACAGUUGCCCGUCUGCUGAAGAGGACAACAAGAAGUAUUACUAAUCUUCUCUCACUGCAGACACGAGAUAAUACAUUUUGGAGACAUAUCACAAUAAACAAAACAAUUAAAAAAAAUGACUACUCCGGCUCUGUUGCCAAUUUCUGGGAGAAGAAUACCCACCCUAAACCCCGGCUUCUCGUCAUUCCCUCAUCACCGGGCCACCUUGCGACUAUCUGAGAAGUUUAUAUUGCUCCUCAUCCUCAGUGCCUUCAUCACCCUGUGCUUUGGAGCGUUUUUCUUCCUCCCAGACUCCUCAAAACACAAGCGCUUUGAUUUGGGUUUGGAAGACGUCCUAAUACCUCAUAUUGACCCCAUCAAGGAGGGAAAACACCCAGGGGGUCAUAUCAUCCAUGGUCAAGGAGGACACGACGAACACCGACACAGGGAGGACGAGGAGCAUUUGAGGAAUAAGAUCCGUGCAGAUCAUGAGCGGGCGCUGGAGGAGGCGAAGGAGAAGCUGAAGAAGUCCCGCGAGGAGCUACGAGCCGAGAUCCAGACUGAGAAGAACAAGGUGGCCCAGGACCUUAAGAAAAAAGACAGCAAGCUGCUGCCUCCUGUUCCCAUGCCCAAGCUGGUGGGCAUUCAAGAUGGAGACCCGGGAGAUCCUGACGUCAAGGAGAAACGUGACAAGAUCAGAGAGAUGAUGAAACAUGCAUGGGACAACUACAGACAGUAUUGCUGGGGACACAAUGAACUGAAACCUCUCGCCAAGAAAGGACAUUCCACCAAUAUCUUCGGAAAUUCCCAAAUGGGAGCAACCAUCGUUGAUGCCUUGGACAGCCUCUACAUAAUGGGCCUGCGUGACGAAUUCAAAGAUGGGCAGGAGUGGAUUGAGAAAAACCUUGACUUCAGUGUGAAUGCUGAAGUGUCUGUCUUUGAAGUCAAUAUCCGGUUCAUUGGUGGCUUGCUUGCAUCGUAUUACCUGUCUGGACAGGAGGUUUUCAAGGUCAAAGCUGCCCAGCUGGCAGAAAAGCUGCUGCCUGCAUUUAACACCCCGACUGGUAUACCUUGGGCGAUGGUAAAUUUAAAAAGUGGUGUUGGGCGGAACUGGGGCUGGGCUUCUGCAGGCAGUAGUAUCCUGUCUGAGUUUGGCACUCUGCACAUGGAGUUUGUUCACAUGAGUUACCUAACGGGGAACCCUGCCUACUACAAUAAAGUCAUGCACAUUCGAAAACAGCUGCAGAAAAUGGACAGGCCAAACGGUCUAUAUCCAAAUUACCUGAACCCAAGAACAGGGCGCUGGGGGCAACAUCACACAUCUGUAGGAGGACUGGGGGACAGCUUCUAUGAGUACUUGUUAAAAGCCUGGCUAAUGUCUGACAAAACUGAUACUGAAGCAAGGAAGAUGUACGAUGAGGCCAUUGAGGCGAUAGAGAAACACCUGAUCAGAAAGUCCAAUGGGGGGCUGACAUUCAUUGGGGAGUGGAAGAAUGGGCACCUGGAGAGGAAGAUGGGCCACCUUACGUGUUUCGCUGGUGGGAUGUUCGCCCUGGGGGCCGAUGGAUCAAAGGGGGACAAAGCUGGGCACUACCUGCAGCUGGGGGCGGAGAUAGCACACACCUGUCAUGAAUCUUACGACAGGACAGUUUUAAAGCUGGGCCCAGAGGCUUUCAAAUUUGACAGCGGUUUGGAGGCAGUGGCAGUCCGGCAGAAUGAAAAGUAUUACAUUCUCCGCCCGGAGGUAAUCGAGACAUACUGGUACAUGUGGAGGUUUACACACGACCCAAAGUACCGCCAGUGGGGCUGGGAAGCAGCACAGGCCAUUGAAAAGUACUGCAGAGUCAGUGGAGGGUUCUCCGGUGUGAAGGAUGUGUAUUCUUCAUCCCCAACUUUUGACGAUGUGCAGCAGAGCUUCUUCCUGGCAGAAACACUGAAGUAUCUGUAUCUGCUGUUCUCCAGUGAUGACUUUUUACCUCUAGACAGCUGGGUCUUCAACACAGAAGCUCACCCCCUGCCUGUAUUGCACCUGGCAAACACAACUCUUUCAGGCAACCGUGUGACUCGAUAGGAUCUGAAACUGACUGCCUCUUGUGCUAUUGGACCACUUCAGGCCUUCAGACUGAUGAAAUCAAAUAAGUAAAAUCCAAUCAAAUAAAAUAGAAAAACUAUGAAAUCCUGCAGAAAGAUUUGUGCGAGCAGACUGGUUGCUGCAGGGGAUUGAGCAUUCUCAUUUCCUAAACGUGUUUGCGCUGGAGGUCAAAGCAAGUCAAUUUAAAAGAUUCCUUUUUUUUUUUUUUUUUUCUUAAAUCCUGACCAAAAUGUAAGGAUUACAGUAUGUUAUGGACAUUGAGAAAGAAGAUAGACGUAUUCCCUCUUCAGAUGUGAGCAAGGAUACCUCAUUUGUUGCAAUGUUUAGGAUGCCAAACAGCAAACAAAUUUUCUGAGUGGCCUGGCAUGGAAAUCCAUUGUAUAAACCUUUUGUAGAGACACUUUGGAGGGAGCCAGGGUUUUUUUUUUCUUCUGUAGUAAAUGAAAAACAUUGUAACUCAAGAUCCUGAAUUAGUAUAGUAGCAGCUUAAUGUUUGUGUACAUUGCCCUUUUUCACUUGGUAUUUUUACUGAAAGAAAAAAGUCCAGCUCUAUUUAAACAAGCUUAUCAGCAGUCAAGUAGCUUCUUGUUCAGUGCAUAAUUAGGCUCCUGUAUACCUUGUAAUGUAUGCAUUUGUUAUCUUUCUUUAACCCUGGAAACAAAAUGGAAAAUGAAAAAUCAGAAAAAGAAAAAGAAAUCCCCUUUCAGCCUUUUAAGUUGGGGCCUUUGUUAGGUGAUUUUGAGGAUGAAACCUGUGUUUGGAUGCAAAUGGUAAAUGAAAGUACGACUCUGUUUUGCACUCCCUCCUUUGAGUGAUAAAGUAUGUAAAGUUCUAAUUUUCAGCCCCUUCAUGUGCAUAUUGUGGCACCUACUGAUGCCAAUGUUUACGAUGUAACCUGUACCUCACUGCAUCUUGAACAAACAUAAUAGCUAACCGUCUCCCUUUAGUAUGAAGAAUUUUAACAGAACAAAAAUGUCAUUUAUUAAAAAUAUGGCUCAGCAUAGCUCUGUUCUUAAUGUGAAAAUUGCACUGUUUAAAGUGGAAUUUUAUUCUAGGUGUGCCCAAGCAUGGCAAACUGGGUUGCACAACCGGUACGUUUUUAUUAGAGGGGGUCAUCUUUUAUUUGUCCGUUGUAAUUUUAAACAUGUAUGUGAUGAAAAAAUAAAGAGCCGUAUAAGA